CAUCACUUUCACUGUAUUGUCUCCCACCUCGCAGAGCCUGCCCAGACCUUCUCCCGGGAGCCCCCGCAGCCAUCUGCCUCCUCAGCCCCGUCCCCGGAGCUGCAACAUGGGCAAGAAGAUGAAGAAGGGAUGCGACUGCAAACGGAUACUGAAGAACAACUGGCUGCUCAUCGCCACCGUGGUAGCCGUGGUUUUAGGUAUUGGGCUUGGAGUUCUGGUUCGGGAAUAUGCUAAUCUUUCUAACCUGGACAAGAUCUACUUUGCCUUCCCUGGAGAAAUUUUGAUGCGGAUGCUGAAGCUUAUAAUUUUACCAUUAAUUGUGUCCAGUAUGAUCACAGGUGUCGCUGCUUUGGAUUCCAGUGUAUCUGGGAAAAUUGGCCUGCGCGCGGUUGUGUAUUACUUCUGUACGACUGUAAUAGCUGUCGUUCUAGGCAUUGUCCUGGUGGUGACCAUCAAACCUGGAGUGUCUCAAAAUCCAGAAGACAUUGACAGAACAGGCAGCACACCGGAGGUCACUACAGUAGAUGCCCUGCUAGACCUCCUAAGAAAUAUGUUCCCCGAAAACUUGGUCCAGGCUUGCUUCCAACAGUACAAAACCAAGCGUGAAGAGCUGAAACCAUCAAAGGAUCCUGACAAGAACAGCACAACAGAGAAAAACAGUACUGAGGAUUUGAUGCUGAUGACAGAUCAAGAGAAUCGUACAAAGGAAUAUAAGAUCGUUGGCCUGUACACUGAUGGGGUCAAUGUUCUGGGCCUCAUCGUCUUUUGCUUGGUCUUCGGUAUCGUAAUUGGGAAGAUGGGAGAAAAAGGUCAAGUUUUGGUGGACUUUUUCAACGCACUGAAUGAUGCAACCAUGCAGAUAGUUCAGAUCAUUAUGCUGUACAUGCCCCUCGGUAUUUUAUUUUUGAUUGCCGGAAAGAUAAUUGAAGUCAACGACUGGGAAAUCUUCCGCAAGCUUGGCCUUUAUAUGGCAACCGUGCUCAGUGGACUUGCGAUCCACUCCAUUAUCAUCCUGCCUCUAAUUUACUUUAUAGUAGUGAGAAAAAAUCCUUUCCGAUUCGCAAUGGGAAUGGCACAAGCCCUACUUACUGCUCUUAUGAUAUCAUCAAGCUCUGCAACCUUGCCAGUAACCUUCCGAUGUGCUGAAGAGAAAAAUCGCGUGGACAAAAGAAUCACAAGAUUUGUCUUACCAGUUGGCGCCACGAUCAACAUGGAUGGAACGGCUCUGUAUGAGGCUGUAGCAGCUGUCUUUAUUGCACAGCUUAAUGAUCUGAAUCUAGAUGUGGGUCAGAUCGUCACUAUAAGCGUAACUGCUACGGCAGCCAGUGUUGGAGCUGCCGGGGUACCCCAAGCAGGCCUGGUUACUAUGGUAAUCGUUCUCAGUGCUGUGGGCCUUCCAGCCGAGGAUGUCACUCUUAUCAUAGCAGUUGACUGGCUUCUUGACCGAUUUAGAACAAUGGUGAACGUCCUUGGAGAUGCCUAUGGGACAGGAAUAGUGGAGAAGCUGUCCAAAAAGGAACUUGAACAAAUGGAUGUGGCAUCGGAAGUGAACAUCGCUAACCCAUUUGCAAUUGAGCCUACUACACUAGAGAACGAAGAUGAUGGCGAACUGAAAAAAUCCUAUGUGAAUGGAGGCUUUGCUGUAGAUAAGUCAGAUGCUAUAUCCUUCACCCAGACAUCGCAGUUCUAAGUGAAUUUGGGUUGCUGGGUGCGCUAGAUUCUUGAAGGAACAUAGACUGUGGCAUCAGUGCAACCAGGUGCAGUUACAUCAAGGUAUUAUAGAAGACGCGAUCACUGUGUAUCGCACCAAAGGGAUUUUUUUCUUUUCAGUAUUUGGAUUGAACGUUUUUGCUCCAUGUGAGCAUGAUUAAUGGAAAUUACAUUUGGAACAAUGCGUUAAGCUUCUAAUGCUGUGACAUCUAACCACUAACUGAAAAAGCAUGUCUAUAAUCGGGUUGGCAACAUCCACAGUCAGUAAAAGGAAAACUUUGUAGUAGUUUUUCUCAAGCACAGAACAGCAUUAUUUGUCCUAUCUGUAUUCUCAAUUGCAUUUUUUUCUCGAAAAUGCAUUAUUAAAAUGCCCUAUUGAUACAGUGCCAAAA